GGCGACGGGCGGGAGCGCGCCCAGGGCAACAGGCAGGGCCGGGCAGCGGUGCGGGUCCGGCUCGGCUUCAUGGCGGAGCGCGGGGGUCCCGGGGGCGGGGGGCAGCGCGCCCCCGCCCCGCAGCCCGCGGCGGCCGCGCUCCCCCAGCAAUCUCCCUCGGGGCAGCCCCCGGCCCAGCCCCCGGGCGCGGCGCCCCUGCCCCCCAAGCCGGGCUCCGGGCCCCUCACCCCCGGCGGGGCGGCCCCGGGCGGGGCGGCGGGGCGCCCGGUGCAGAUGAACCUGUACGCGACCUGGGAGGUGGAUCGGAGCUCGCCCAGCUGCGUGCCCAGGUUGUUCAGCUUGACCCUGAAGAAGCUUAUCAUGUUGAAGGAGAUGGACAAGGACCUAAACUCGGUGGUGAUCGCUGUGAAGCUGCAGGGCUCAAAGAGGAUCCUGAGAUCCAAUGAGAUUGUCCUGCCGGUCAGCGGACUUGUAGAGACAGAGCUUCAGCUGACCUUCUCGCUACAGUACCCCCACUUCCUGAAGCGAGAUGCCAACAAACUGCAGAUCAUGCUACAGAGAAGGAAGAGAUACAAAAACCGGACCAUCCUGGGCUACAAGACUCUGGCUGUUGGGCUCAUCAACAUGGCUGAGGUCAUGCAGCACCCCAGCGAAGGAGCUCUGGUGCUUGGACUCCACAGUAACGUGAAGGACGUCUCUGUGCCCGUUGCUGAGAUUAAAAUCUACUCUCUGUCCAGCCAGCCAAUUGAUCACGAAGGGCUUAAGUCGAAACUGUCCGAUCGGUCCCCUGACAUCGACAACUACUCGGAAGAGGAGGAGGAGAGCUUCUCCUCGGAGCAGGAGGGCAGCGAUGAUCCCCUACACGGACAGGACUUAUUUUACGAAGAUGAGGAUCUCCGGAAGGUGAAGAAAACGAGGCGGAAACUGGCCUCGGCCUCGGCAAUCACUCGGCAGCCAAAUAUAAAGCAGAAGUUUGUGGCUUUACUGAAGAGGUUCAAGGUGUCGGAUGAGGUUGGCUUUGGCCUGGAGCACGUCUCCAGGGAGCAGAUCCGAGAGGUGGAGGAGGACCUGGACGAGUUGUAUGACAGCCUGGAGAUGUACAACCCCAGCGACAGUGGCCCGGAGAUGGAGGAGACGGAGAGCAUCCUCAGCACGCCCAAGCCCAAGCUCAAGCCUUUCUUCGAAGGGAUGUCUCAGUCCAGCUCCCAGACAGAAAUUGGAAGCCUUAACAGCAAGGGGAGCCUGGGCAAAGAUGCCACCAGCCCGAUGGACGCAGCCGUCGGGGACAAGUUGAAACCUUCGCGGAAUAAAAACCUGGACGACAGCCUCAACGAAAUAGACACCCUGGAAGCGAGCGAGCAGGACACGUUCGGAGACUCCAGCACCACGUUAGUCAUCCCCGAAAAAGUCAAGACGCCCAUGAAGAGCAGCAAGGGGGAGCUUCAGAGCAUAGCAUCACCCAGCAGAAUGGAAGGUGCAGCGCACACGCCCCGGCAGAAGAGAAGCACUCCGCUGAAGGAGAGACAGCUCUCCAAACCCCUGAGCGAACGGACCAACAGCUCGGACAGCGAGAGGUCCCCGGACCUGGGCCAUAGCACACAGAUUCCUCGCAAGAUCAUCUAUGACCAGCUGAACCAGAUCCUGGUGUCAGACACGGCCCUGCCCGAGAACAUCAUCCUGGUGAAUGCGGCCGACUGGCAAGGCCAGUAUGUGGCCGAGCUGCUUCGGGACCAGAAGAAGCCAGUCGUGUGCCCCUGCUCCACCGUGGAAGUACAGGCCGUCCUGUCUGCCGUCCUCACCAGGAUCCAGAGAUACUGCAACUGCAACUCCUCUGUGCCGCGGCCCGUGAAGGUGGUGGCUGUGGGGGGGCAGAGUUACCUCAGUGCCAUCCUCCGUUUCUUUGUGAAGCAGCUGGCGAACAAGACCCCAGACUGGCUUAGCUACAUGCGGUUCCUCAUCGUCCCGCUGGGCUCCCAUCCCGUAGCCAAGUACCUGGGCUCGGUGGACAGCAGGUACAGCUGCACGUUCCUGGACUCUACCUGGAGGGAGCUGUUCGGCAGGGCCGAGCCCCCCGGGACAGAGCCGUUCGAUGUGGUGGGCCGCAUCGUGCAGUAUGUGGGUGGAGCCAGCGUGACCCACCAGCUGCCUGUGGCCGAGGCCAUGCUGACUUGCAAGCAUAAGUUCCCGGAUGAAGACUCCUACCAGAAGUUCAUUCCCUUCAUUGGGGUGGUUAAAGUGGGCCUCAUCGAAGAUUCCCCUGCAGCCACAGGAGAUGGAGACGAUAUGCCCGUGGUCAGCCUGACAGUUCCCUCCACGUCACCCCCCUCUUCCUCUGGCCUGGUGAAGGACGUCUGCGCCACCCCCCCAUCCUCACCGUCCAUGAGCAGUGGGCUCGCUGUCGUGGGGUCCCCCAGCAGCCCCUAUGGAGACGUCAUUGGCCUGCAGGUGGACUACUGGCUCGCCCAUCCCACAGAGCGCCGGAAGGAGGGCGAGAAGCGAGACGCCAGCUCCAAGAACACCCUCAAGAGUGUCUUCCGCUCGGUGCAGGUGUCGCGGCUGCCCAGCGGCGGGGAGAGCCAGCCCUCGGGGACCAUGGCCAUGACGGUCGUCACCAAAGAGAAGAACAAGAAAGUCCCCACCAUCUUUCUGAGUAAGAAACCCAAAGAAAAGGAAGUGGAUUCCAAGAGCCAGGUGAUUGAGGGCAUCAGCCGGCUAAUCUGCUCUGCCAAGCAGCAGCAAACCAUGCUGAAAGUGUCCAUCGACGGGGUGGAGUGGAGCGACAUCAAGUUUUUCCAGCUGGCCGCGCAGUGGCCCACGCACGUCAAACACUUCCCCGUCGGACUCUUUGGCUCGAAGCCGGCGUGACAGCGCCCGCCCUGCUGCCGGGCCGCACCCACCAGCCUGGCCGAACCCUCAACCAGUGGGAAGCCUCUUUGGCUACAUCCCACCCUCCUUGCGUAACUGUGUUGGUAUGUUCUGCACUGGGAGGGCUGGAGGAGGGAGCACCCCAGUGCCAACCUGUCAUCCCCCCAUCACCAGCUUUGUCUCCAGCUGCCACCGACCGCUUCCUUAUGCGUGCGCGCGCGUGUGUGUGUGUGUGUGUGUGGGUGGAGUGUGCACCGCAUUGGGUCCUAGUGCCCAGUGGGGAGGGACCCCAGCCGGCCCCAGACACACUCCCCCGUCCAGCCUGGAGCAGCUGUGACUCCCAGGACAGGCCCGGGAGUGCUUAGUGUGUGAGAAGGUUCUUGCCUGGCACAGCUGGCCAGUGGCUUUGCCCUCGCCUGUGGCCCAUACACCCCUCAUCCCCGUCUGUAGCCCUUCUCCAAAAGCACAAGCAGCCAGGCCACAGGCUGGGUGCCCACAGCUGUCUGCCCCGGCAUAGCAUGUGGGCACAGGGGGCCCCUUCCAGCACAGCCUGCCCCCUCCUGUAGGCAGUGGGCACUCACUGAUGUCGAGGGCCACUGCACUCCAGGCAGCAUGGCCCCUGCUGUUCACAAGCGGAGGAGAGCUCUGGUGUGUGAUGCUGCUGCUCUGAUGGCUUUGUGUCCUGGUGGAAGGUGAGCCCAUGAGGGGGGCCCCUUGCUGGUGAAGCCAGGGAUGAGGGUUUGGAGGUGGGGGGAGGGGUGUCUGCCUUGCCUGGCCUGGGGCAGGGGCAUGCUCGGACUUCCAGCUGUGUGUAACCAUCCCCUGGGCACUUGUGUUUGUUUCUAUCCUAAAUGGUUGCCAAGACUGAGUUGCUUAAAUUUAUCCCUGCCCCAGUUCAUCAGUGCCCCCCUGCCCCACGUCAGUCACCUUUGCCACAUCACGCUGCCUUGCCAGGCACUACAGGACAGUAAACAGCCAGCUCUUGAGUCACUGCAGGCUUGGCUUUCCCACUGCCCCCUUCCCCCCAUCCCAUGCUCCGCUGCUGGCUGAGCUCCUCCCUGCCCCAUGCUGCCAGCGGUUGGUUAGAAAGCCCCCAGCUGUGUCGGCUGCCAUGCUUCAGCUGGUGUCUCUUUCCCCAAAGCCAGCAACCCGAAUGUAGUCUGCUCCCAACAGGGGCCAGCCCCAGGCCAGCUACGGGCAGAGUAGGUUGGUUCAAUAGGGACCAGGUCACUGGGGUUGGCCCAGUUUAUUACAGCUCUGAGCAUGGCAGACAGAGACCCUAUGUGUGGCCGGGGGAGGGGGGGGUAUAGUCCACAGAUGGGCUUUUAAGAGUGAAGCAGUGGGCAACUGGGUCCCAGUCCCAGCUGCCCUGAGCCCCUCACAGCACUGAGUUCCCGACCCUGUUCUCUAGCACCCAGGUGUGGCAGGAGCUAGGAAGCGGCAUCUGGCCAUCCCAUGCCAAUUUCACUCCUGGCUGCACUUCAUCCCUCCCACUCCAUCUCAAGCCAGCACCUUCAUUACGAACCCCCCUUAAACUGAGCCCCAUAUUUGGGCUGCUUCUCCCACCCCCAGCUGUUGUCUUUCUGACCCCCUCCCCCCAGCAGGCAGCAGCUAAGUGGUUGGAUUUUCCCACACAGGCUCACUGUGAGCUCCGCUCUUUUCUCCCCACACAUCUGGCAGGGACUCGCAGUCCAUGCAAGCGUGGUCCAGUGGGUCCAUGAAUGUGUCCAAUAAUUCCCAUUGGUCACUGCUGAGUCCUGGGCCCUGUGGAUCCUGCCUGUGCCAUGUGCGAGGUCCACACGGACCAUGAGCAGGACACCCCGUACCCCAGCUCUGAAAGAGACACAAUUAUCAGAAAGGGGCCUCCCUGAGCCUCAUUCUGAUGGGCCUGGAGUGCCUCUGCCAAUAGGCACCCCCACUUUCAGGGUGUGUGGGGGUCUUAAAGAGCAGGUGGGAGCCACAGUCCAGCCCUCUGGCAUCCCAGCCCCCCUAUUUCCCCCAGCACUCAGCCCCGACCGCUCCGUGCAGCGGGCAGGAGAGGGCAUGAGAAUCCAGACGAUCUCCCCCACCUACCUGCUAGCAAUAAAGCCAGCUGAACCUUGGCAGAGCCCGUCUCCCUUCCCCUCCUCCCCCCCAACACACAAACACCAUGUGCCCCGCUGCCUCCAUUGAUUUCUCAUUGCCCUCCAGGCCGGCCUGGCAGGGUGGGGAGGAAGGUCACUCGGCUGUGACAGGUGGCACUCAUAGGCCUGCCUGGCUUCUCUGGGAAGCUGUUUAUUUGCUGGCUGAGACAGUAGCCGCCCCAUUGCCACCCCUGCAGUCACAGGGAAGCUGCAGGACGGUCCCUGUGUCUGAGUCACUGCGAGUGAGAGAGCCGGGUAGCAAGUGUCCGUACCAGCGCUUGCCUGCACGGUGGGUCAGUCACCUGGAUGUGGCAAUUCCUUUGAGGGUUGCUCAGGUGGCCUGGGCAAGCUCCGAACUGGUGCUUGGGGGGCCAGACAUCCCAAGCCGAAUUGCCAGUGCAGACAGGUGCCACACCGCAAGUCCCUGCAGGCCAGCUGCUCCCUGCUGACCGAGUGUGUCCCGUCCAUCUUCUGGUCUCACUCGCUGCAGCCUGGCCCCCACGUUGCAGUUUCUCCCAAGCACAAAGAGCUGCAGCCAGAGCUGGCCCCGCAGAGGGGUCUCAUGUUUGCUCGGCGUUCUCUGCCUUUUGCAUUCCAACGUGGCCUGUUCAGUGCUGGCUCUCUCCAGGGCUCCCUGUCCCUCUGUGCUCCGAGCCUGGCAGCUGCAUCGGGCUGGGGACGGUGGGGGAGUCAGCGGGCUGGGUGGGGGGUGUCUCCCAGGCCUGCGCACUAGGCUAGGGCUCUGAGGCACUCCAAAGCCCCCAGGAGACCUCAACAAAGCUCCGGUGUCCCCACAGGCUGGGCUGGCUGCUGGGGGGUGGAGGGAGCUGCCCUACCACCAGGCACCCCAGGCCCACAUGAUCCCUACACACACUUCCAUGGCCAGAGUCGUCAGAACAUUCUUGGCCACCCCAAUCUCCAUGAGAGCUGGUGGGGUCCCCAUCUCAAUCUGUGCCCCCACAAAUCACUCCAGAAACUCCCUGCACUCCCUCAGCUGUGUGCGGCCCCAGUGAGCUCUGGCUUCAGGCCGGAGCUGCACGAGCACCCAGCAGGACUGUGGUCCAGUACAUGGGGGCCGGAAGGCGCCUGGUCCAGCCCACAGGGCCUAUGUGGGCUGGGAAUCUCGAUCUGUCCCCCAUCCCCGCGCAUGGUGCUGGCUGGGCACACAGGGCACUGUGUACAUAGCCCCCUGGUGUGUAUAAGUGAGUGCCUCUCCCGUUUGGUUUGCGCACACCGUCCACGUUGGGAUCAUUGUCUGGGGUUGGGGAGAGACCCCUGUUGUAUUUGACACAUUUUAUUGGGGGAGCUGUUGUCCCCCCCUUUUUUUGGAGUUUUUUCAUUAAAUAAACUGUGGUUAUUUCUUAGAAGGCA